UUUUGGCUUCUGCAGAGAUGUCCCUGGGACUGCAGCUUCCCUGGCAGUUUCUCCCUGGCCUCUUGCUCUGCCUGUGCGUCGGGCCAUGGGCCGAGGCUGGGAAGGUGCUGGUGGUCCCCAUGGAGGGCAGCCACUGGCUCAGCAUGCGGGAGGCCGUGCGGGGGCUCCAUGCCAGAGGCCACCAAGCAGUGGUCCUUUCUCCUGAGGUGACUAUGCACGUCAAGGCAGAGGACUUUUUCACCAUGAAAACCUAUGCUGUUCCAUACACCCAGGAUGAAUUUGAUUACAUCGUGAUGGACAAGAUUCAUCUGUUUUUUGAAAGAAUACAUUUUCUAACACUGUUUUUGGAAACUAUGGCCUUUUUGAAAAAUGUGUCUUUGGUCUUUCAAAGGUCUUGUGAGGAACUAUUGUAUAACAAGGACCUGAUCAGGCACCUGAAUGCCAGUUCCUUUGAUGUGGUUUUAACGGACCCCGUUUACCCCUGCGGAGCGGUGCUGGCUAAGUACCUGUCGAUUCCGGCUGUGUUUUUUUUGCGUUCCAUUCCAUGUAACUUAGAUACUGAGGGCACAGCGUGCCCAAACCCUUUUUCGUAUGUUCCUAGGUUACUAACAAUGAAUUCAGACCACAUGACAUUCUUCCAAAGGGUCAAGAACAUGCUCUACCCUUUGAGCUUCAAGUGCAUUUGCCAACUUCCUUUCACUCCUUAUGCACGUAUGGCCUCUGACCUUCUUCACAGAGAGGUGUCGCUGGUGGAUAUUUUUGGCUCUGCAUCCAUUUGGCUGUUCAGAGGAGACUUUGUGAUGGACUACCCCCGGCCAUUCAUGCCCAACAUGGUCUUCAUUGGGGGUAUCAACUGUGCCAACAGGAAACCAUUAUCUCGGGUCUGUAUUGGUGCUUUUAUUCAAUCAAUGUUCCAAGUGGAGCACAUUGUUUUAAAAAACAGCUUACUUCCAG